UUAAUUACUAGUAGUACUAAUGUAUGGUAUUAGGGAAUUUAAAAACUCUACAAGUGGUGGACCUGUGCCUGCCUUCCGGGGCCAGAAGUCUGAUGUCUUACACGUGGAGCACUCCCUACCACAGGUGCCAGUACACACAGCUUCCUGUGGCUGAUGCAGGCACACACUAUCAGAGAGAGAAAGGAGCCCAGAGAGAGCCCAGCAAGAAGAGGCCUGAACACUUUUCGUACCAGUUCUUGGAUGGAGAUAAGCCUUGCGUAGUCCAAGGAGGACAGCACCACAGAAAGUUACUACUUCUUGCUCCAUCAGACUUUUCCAUCUAUUUCCAUCCUCUCAGCCACACACCCAGAAGCAAGCCAGAAAGCCCAUCCACCCUAAAGCCCGGGUUCAUUGUUGUUCCUGCUCUGUUCUCAAGCCAUGGGGUAUUUGACCUGCCUUACACCACUAGUGACCUGGCUGUCAUAGCUCCACAGGAAAUUGCAGUCGGAGCAGGAAGGCAAGGCAGGACUGGAUGCCAGCUGGGAGGAAGAGGAGAGAUGACUGCCUGCCCCUGUCCUGCCAUGCUACUCUCCACACUGGGGACCCAGCAUGCCCAAAGGACUCCCCGCACCUGCUGCCCAACCCACACCCAUCUGGGACCUCCUUUGAGUCCUGACUCCCUUUCCAGGCUGCCCUCCUACUCCUACUUCCUCUGGGCAGCCUCAAGAAGCUCUAAGACUCUGACUGCCUUCCAGCUUGGAGAAGGAGAGUCCUUUCCUGUCAGAAUCCCUGUCUGUCCUGGUGAUGGCUUUUGGCUGAGUUGAGUGCAAUGGAACUCUGACCACCACUGUUCCAGCAAGCUGCAACAGUCUCUGCCUCUGGGAGGGGGCUGGGACUUUCUCAGAGGGUGAGAGCCAGCUCUUAAAAUUUCCCCCAGGACCAGGACCUGGCUUUAACAUGGCCACACCCAAAUGUAGGCUCUCCAUGGGUGCCUUGAAGGCAAGGACUGCCCCUCCUGUGACACAGGUGUUCCCAGGCAGACUUUCUUCUAGCAGAGAUGGUGCAGCAAGCAUGGGGGCGGGGGUGGGGGAGCUUGAACACUGUCCUCAUGGAAACUUGAAGCUGGGAGCCAGUGGAUACAGGAUCUGCCACCUGGGUGGGUGACAAAUGACCCUUGCAGCACAUCACAACUUCCAAAGUGUCCUGUGCAUUUUUAAAUAAGUCUUAGCCAUGCAAAAAUUGUACUACACUUUAAUAAAACAUUUUUUUUGCAUUUUACUUUUAUAAUAUUUGGGGUUUUAUAGAUUUUUAUUUUAUUGCCAAGUCUACUUUUGUAAGUACAUGUUGAAGUCUUGAGUGUUUUUAUCCUCUUAGGAAACUGUAGUUAAUGUCAACUGUAAGCACUGAUAAAUAUUAUCCAUGUGCAAUUUUUUCUUCCUUUCAAUUGGGACUUUUAAAGAAACUGUUUUGGCAUCAUGUUUUAUUUAAAAUGCCACUUCAUUUUACACAUUGAAGAUUCUGAAAAAAAGAUGCAUUUAAAAUCUCUGUGCUGUUACACUGUGGAAAUGGUAAU